CCUUUCAAUCCCUUCAUAUUCCCCAUUUACCUGUUUCUCUCUCAUCCUCUCAAAAGAAAGAACCCAACCCUCGAACCAUAUCUUCUCGUUCUUAUCAUCUUUCUCUCUCCCUCUCUCUCUCUCUCUCGCUGAAUCUCUCUGGGGAUAUCUUUUUUUUGAGGAUCCGAUCGGAAGAUAUGGCACAGAGGACCGAGAAGGAGGAGACGGAGUUCAAAGUUCCAGAGACGAUCACGCUUUGCGUUAACAACUGUGGCCUCACCGGGAAUCCGGCGACGAAUAAUAUGUGUCAGAAGUGCUUUAAUGCUACCACGGCAGCAGCGGCGGCGACUGCGUCUAUGGCGAUGAAGUUUUCCGGUGAGAAAAGUCCGAGAUCUAGUACGUCUUGUUCGCCAGAGAAAUUUCGGUUCGUUUCAGAGUCUAGGAGGAUUACAACGGCGGCGGAUCGUCCGAAGCCUGAUGAAUCGGUGAAGCGAGAGGUGAAUCGAUGUUCCGGAUGUAGAAAACGCGUUGGAUUGACUGGAUUUAGGUGCCGAUGUGGCGAUUUGUUCUGUGCGGAGCAUCGAUAUUCAGAUCGUCACGAUUGUAGCUUCGAUUACAAGGCCGCUGGUCGCGAGGCGAUCACGAGAGAGAAUCCGGUGGUGAAAGCGGCGAAGAUCGUUAGGGUUUAAUCCAUAGAUUGAUCGAUUACCAAAAAAAUGAAAAAGAAUCUGAAGAUGAUGAAAUUUGAUAAAACUCUGGGCUGAUUGUUGAAAUUUUCCUUUGGAGUGUUGAGGAUUAAUUCCUCGAAAUAUCCUCUCGAUCUUUAGGAGAGAAAAACAUGAGGGAACUAGAAAAAAAAAAAGUCCUCGAUGAAGAUGAAGAUGGAGAUGAAGAUGAUCGUUGUGUUUUCUCAGAUAAUUAUGUUCCUAUUUUAUUUUAUUUUUUCCUCUUUUUUUUUUGGCUUGUUCGAAAACGAAAAGAGAAGAUUAUCGUGGCCUGUCAAGAUGAUGAUGGUGUUUUUUUCUUUCUUUUUGUUAAUUCUUCUCUUUUAUCUCAAGAUCA